CCCGCGCUCUGGCCCGCCCUGCAGACCCGGUUGGAGGCCUGGGGUCGCGCCGCCGGUGCUGGCAUGUCCACGUCCGGGCUCGCUACGUGGUGGCGCCUGCUGGCGCUGCCGCUGGUGGCCGGGGCCCGCUGCCCGUGCUCGGAGCCCGCGCUCUGCCGCCCGGUCCGCCACCGCCCCGACUUCGAGGUCUUUGUAUUUGAUGUUGGACAGAAAACUUGGAAAUCUUAUGAUUGGUCACAGAUUACAACUGUGGCAGCUUUUGGGAAAUACGACGCGGAAUUGAUGUGCUAUGCUCAUUCAAAAGGAGCCAGAAUAGUGCUAAAAGGAGAUGUAUCCCUAAAGGAUAUUGUUGAUCCCACUUUCAGAGCAUCCUGGAUAACUCAGAAAGUUAAAUUGGCCAAAACUCAGUAUAUGGAUGGAAUUAAUCUAGACAUAGAGCAAGAAGUUAAUUGUUCAUCACCUGAAUAUGAUGCAUUAACAGCUUUAGUCAAAGAAACCACAGACUCUUUCCAUCGUGAGAUUGAGGGAUCACAGGUAACCUUUGAUGUAGCUUGGUCUCCAAAAAACAUAGACAGAAGAUGCUAUAAUUAUACUGGAAUUGCAGAUGCUUGUGACUUUCUUUUUGUGAUGUCUUAUGAUGAACAAAGUCAGGUCUGGUCAGAAUGUGUUGCAGCAGCCAAUGCUCCCUAUAAUCAGACAUUAACUGGAUAUAAUGACUACAUCAAGAUGGGCAUUAACCCUAAGAAACUUGUAAUGGGUGUUCCCUGGUAUGGUUAUGAUUAUACCUGCUUGAAUCUAUCUGAGGAGCACAUUUGUACCAUUGCAAAAGUCCCUUUCCGGGGGGCUCCUUGUAGUGAUGCCGCAGGACGUCAGGUGCCCUAUAAAACCAUCAUGAAGCAAAUAAAUAGUUCUUUUUCUGGAAGUCAAUGGAAUAAAGAUCAACAGGCUCCUUACUAUAACUAUAAAGAUCCUGCUGGCCAUUUUCAUCAAGUAUGGUAUGAUAACCCUCAAAGCAUUUCUUUAAAGGCAGCAUAUAUCCAAAACCAUGACUUACGGGGCAUUGGUAUGUGGAAUGCAAACGCUCUUGACUACUCUAAAGAUACUGUCGCCAAACAGCAAACUGAAGAAAUGUGGAAAGCCUUAAAGCCAAAGCUAUGACAGAGAUGAACAUCUUUCGUUUAACUACUAAGAUUUACAAAAAUGUUCUGUAUCAAAGACCUAAAUUCUUCAAGAGAAAAAAAUGUGUACACUUUGGCCAUGUUGCUGUAACUUUAGUUAUUAGUAUACUCAAAA